AUGGAGAAUGGAAGUUGCCUGUUUGUUAAUCAGUUUUUUCUUUGUAGGAUACUUGUGGGUGCUCCAGAGGACGAGCCCUAUCGUGUGGAGAAUGUUCAACGUCCAGGAGCCGUGUACCGUUGCCAACCUUCACAUCGCGGCUACACCUCCGAGAAUACAAACAACCAUCUACAGAUGUGCUCCUUGAUAGAAUUCGACAAGAAUAGAUAUAACAACAUGGACACCGCUCGUCGUCAGAUAGACCCAGAAGUCCAACCAGUGGUUCGGGGCCACUCUCACCAGCACGGGCCGAAACGGACCCAUUGUGAUAACGCCAAUAUCAUAAAAAAGUGUCUCGACUGUAUAGAUGCUGUCUCUUGUCAAUUCACGAGCCAUCAUUCAUACGUAGACGGCGAUGAGAAGCGCUUAGUUCCGCUUACUUUGCACUUCAAUUCAGAAUUGUAUUGA